UGUCCUGAUUGUGGGAAAAGUUUCAGUCGGAAUUCUUACCUGGUGAGACACCAGAGGACUCACACAGGGGAGAAACCCUAUGAAUGUACUGAUUGUGGGAGAGGUUUCAGUGACAGGUCCAGCCUGGUGAAACACCAGAGGACUCACACAGGAGAGAAACCCUUUGAAUGUCCUGAUUGUGGGAAAAAUUUCAAGGAAAAUUCCUACCUGGUGAACCACCAGAGGACUCACACAGGAGAGAAACCCUUUGAAUGUCCUGAUUGUGGGAAAAGUUUCAGUCAGAAUUCCCACCUGGUGAGACACCAGAGGACUCACACAGGAGAGAAACCUUUUGAAUGUCCCGAUUGUGGGAAAAAAUUCAUUACAACUUCACACUUGGUGAUGCACCAGAGAACUCACACAGGAGAGAACUCCUUUAAAUGUCCUGUUUGUGGGGAAAGUUUCAGUCAUACUUACAACCUGUUGAUGCAUCAGAGGAUUCACAUGGGGGGAGACCUGUCAAAUAUCCAAUCUGUGGAAUGUACCUCAAGUGGAAAUCACCCCUUAUUGAACAUAAGGAAUUUGACAUGA